GGAAGUGCUGGAGUCAGACGUAUCAAGUUCGGUGACACUUUUGAAAAACCUCCAGGAGCAGGUAAUGGCUGUAACUGCACAGGUACAAGCCCUGACAAAAAAAGUUCAAGCUGGAGCAUAUUCUACAGAGAAGGUUACUGACUGGGGCAUGAUGGCUUUGUAUACAGAUGUCCCCAGUUUCACUUUCUGUGAUUUCAGUUACAUGAAAUUCACUGCAGUCUGAAAAUGGUCUGAGCUUUUUGGAAGUGAAAGACCAACUGCUGCUCAUGUACCUAAUGGAUCUGAGCCACCUCAUCCUGGACAAAGCCUCGGGAGGAUCGCUGCAGGGACAUCCCGCAGUUUUGAGGCUGGUGGAAAUCCGCACGGUUUUAGAAAAAAUUCGCCCCUUGGACCAAAAAUUGAAGUAUCAGAUUGACAAACUGGUCAAGACUGCGGUGACAGGCAGCCUCAGUGAAAGUGACCCACUUCGAUUUAAACCCCAUCCCAGCAAUAUGAUAAGCAAGUUGAGCUCUGAGGAUGAAGAGGAGGAUGGCGCAGAGGAGGGCGAGUCUGAGGCUUCAGGGAAGAAGUCUGUGAAGGGCUCAUCCAAGAAAUAUGUCCCACCACGCCUGGUCCCAGUGCAUUAUGAUGAAACAGAAGCAGAACGCGAGCAGAAGCGCCUGGACCGGGCCAAGAGGCGAGCGCUGAGCAGCUCUGUGAUCCGCGAGCUGAAGGAGCAGUACUCAGACGCCCCCGAGGAAAUCCGUGACUCCCGGCAUCCUCAUGUCACUCGCCAGAGUCAGGAGGAUCAGCACAGGAUUAACUAUGAAGAGAGCAUGAUGGUGCGUUUAAGUGUGAGCAAGCGCGAGAAAGGACGACGAAAGCGAGCGAGUGUUAUGAGCUCGCAGCUUCAUUCCCUCACACACUUCAGCGACAUCAGUGCUUUGACAGAAGGGGCCCCCCAUCUUGACGAGAGCCAGGGUCCUGUCAAAAAGCGGAAGAAGAUGCCAAAGAAAGGCCGGAAGAAGAAAGGCUUCCGGAGGCGCCGGUGACAUGCUUCUGCACUCUGUCAGCCCGGGUGCUCCACCAUAUGCAAAUGGCCUUGGAAAUGUGGAUAGAUCUUUACUAAAUAAAAUUGCUUUACUUUUAAAUAAAAGCCCUCUUUGCCAUGUGUUGUAUGA